AUGGGAGAUAAUAUUUUAUCAGGUGAUGGAGGUUAUGAAUGUCGUCCAUAUAUACUAGUUCCAUUAAUCUCUCCAAAUACAAAUGCUGAAUUAUUAUACAACGAAUCUCAAAUAAGAACUCGAAAUACAAUAGAAAGUUUGUUUGGAGGAUGGAAGAGGAGAUUCCCAAUAUUCUCACUUGGUAUAAGAACAACACCAGAUAGAGCUCAAGCAAUAAUAGUAGCUACAGCCGUACUACAUAAUUUGGCUUCAGUAUUAGGAGAAUCAAUACUUCCAAUAGACCCAAAUAUUAUGAACCAAGAACCUAUACAUGAAGAGUGGAAUGCACCAUUAGCUGUAGAAGAAAGAGGAAAUAAUAAAACAUCUGUUAGAACGAGUUUAAUUAGAGACUAUUUUUCAAACCUUUAA